CCCAUCUCACUUCAAAUCUCAGUGGUAAAAGAAUGUCACAUGUCAACAUUUGUACCUGAAGUCAACAUGCCAUUUUCAGGCUGCAUGGAUGAGUGCCAACUUUUGCAUAUCCUGUGACCUUUCUAUCUGGGGAAUAUCCUUCAGAGAGUUUAUGCAUCUUAUGGAAGACACCUGACCUUUUGAAGCUUCAUAAUUCACAUCUGCAUGUCACCAGUCUUCCCCAUGUUAACAGUUCUGACCAUGUUUUAUUAUCUAUGCCUGCGGCGCCGAGCCAGGACAGCUGCGAGGGGAGAAAUGAUGAACAGCCAUAGAGCCAUAGAAUCAAACAUCCGGACUUCCCCUCUGAAUGCAGAGGUGGUCCAGUAUGCCAAAGAAGUGGUGGAUUUCAGUUCCCAUUAUGGAAGUGAGAAUAGUAUGUCCUAUACCAUGUGGAAUUUGGCAGGUGUCCCAAAUGUAUUCCCAAGUUCUGGUGACUUCACUCAGACAGCUGUGUUUCGAACUUAUGGAACAUGGUGGGAUCAGUGUCCCAGUGCUUCCUUGCCAUUCAAGAGGACGCCGCCUAAUUUUCAGAGCCAAGACUAUGUGGAACUUACCUUUGAACAACAGGUGUAUCCUACAGCUGUUCAUGUUCUGGAAACCUAUCAUCCUGGAGCGGUCAUUAGAAUCCUAGCUUGCUCUGCAAAUCCCUAUUCCCCAAGUCCACCGGCUGAAGUAAGGGAAGUUUCUUUCUUUAGCAGAUGGGAGAUUCUUUGGUCAGAGAGACCUACGAAGGUGAAUGCUUCCCAGGCUCGCCAGUUUAAACCUUGUAUUAAGCAGAUAAAUUUUCCCACAAAUCUUAUACGGCUGGAAGUAAAUAGUUCUCUUCUGGAUUAUUACACUGAAUUAGAUGCAGUUGUAUUGCAUGGUAUGAAGGACAAGCCAGUACUUUCUCUCAAGACUUCACUUAUUGACAUGAAUGAUCUAGAAGAUGAUGACUAUGAAGAAAACGAUGAUUGUGGAAUGGACAAUCUUAACAAAAAGCUUAGCAGCACUGCCCUCAGGGAAGGGCCAAAUAAUGGAUAUUUUGACAAACUACCUUAUGAGCUCAUUCAACUGAUUCUGAAUCAUCUUACACUACCAGACCUGUGCAGAUUAGCACAGACUUGCAAACUGCUGAACCAGCAUUGCUACGAUCCUCUCCAGUACAUCCACCUCAAUCUGCAGCCUUACUGGGCAAAACUCAAUGACACCUCCCUGGAGUUUCUGCAGGCUCGCUGCACUCUCGUCCAGUGGCUUAACUUAUCUUGGACUGGCAAUAGGGGCUUCAUCUCUGUUGCAGGAUUCAGCAGGUUUCUGAAGGUUUGUGGAUCCGAAUUGGUGCGCCUUGAAUUAUCUUGCAGCCACUUCUUAAAUGAAACUUGCUUGGAGAUUAUUUCUGAGAUGUGUCCACAUCUACAGGAGUUAAAUCUCUCAUCCUGUGAUAAGCUACCACCUCAAGCUUUCAACCAUAUUGCCAAAUUAUGUGGCCUUAAACGACUUGUUCUCUAUCGAACAAAAGUAGAGGAGGUGAGUUUCACAAAGCAAACAGCACUGCUCAGCAUUUUGAACUUCUGCUCAGAGCUUCAACACCUCAGUUUGGGUAGUUGUGUAAUGAUUGAAGACUAUGAUGUGAUCGCCAGCAUGAUAGGGGCCAAGUGUAAAAAACUGCGCACCCUGGAUCUGUGGCGUUGCAAGAACAUCACUGAGAAUGGGAUAGCAGAGCUGGCAUCUGGGUGUCCGCUCCUGGAGGAACUUGACCUCGGUUGGUGCCCUACUCUGCAGAGCAGCACCGGGUGCUUUGCCAAACUGGCACGCCACCUCCCAAACUUGCAAAAACUCUUUCUUACGGCCAACAGGUCUGUGUGUGACACAGACAUUGAGGAACUGGCAUGUAAUUGUACCAGAUUACGGCAACUGGACAUACUAGGAACAAGAAUGGUAAGUCCGAUGUCCUUAAGAAAACUCCUGGAAUCAUGCAAAGAUCUUUCUCUACUUGAUGUGUCCUUCUGCUCUCAGAUUGACAAUAGAGCUGUGCUCGAGUUCAAUGGGAGCUUUCCAAACGUGUUCAUAAAAAAGAGCUUUACUCAGUGACUUAAUGUAUGUUCUAUAAUAAAAUCAGUGUGCUUUUGUGGGGUUAUAUGUUAGAAUUGA